CCCGCGCCCGCGAACAGCCCGGCGACCCGCGAGCGGACGACUCGGGACGGCGGCAGAGGCAAAGAGGAAUGGCAGGUGGAUCAACAGAGCGGCGAAGCCCCUCAGCCAGCAGGAAGGAGUUGGAGCGGUGGUGGACGGCCAUGGGGGAACACAAGGAGCUCGGUGCCUCCUGGUGGCGCCUCGCCAUCACGGCCCUGAUGGCUGCGGCGCUGGCGCGCGUCUGCAUCCCCGGCUCGUCGCCCACCGUCGACGUGCAGGUGCAGCAGGGCGUGCUGCAGGGCGCCCUCCGCAGCACGUACCACGACGGCAUCCCCUACUUCAGCUUCCAGGGCGUGCCCUACGCCCGGCCGCCCGUCGGCGACCUGCGCUUCAGGGCGCCGCAGCCGCCCGUCCCCUGGGAGGGCGUGCGCCCGGCCACCGAGGAGGGCCACAUGUGCGUGCAGCCGCACACGGAGAUCUACUGGAUGCCGCCCGAGGUCCACAAGAUGCGGCUGCCGACGACCUGGCGCAGGGCCUGGAACAUCGUGUCCUCGCUGCCGCGCCUCGGCGCACAGAUCCUCCGCUUCUGGGCGCAGCAGGAGGACUGCCUCUACCUCAACGUGUACACCAAGAGGAUGAGCCCCGAGCCGGCGGCGCCGCACUUCGGAUGCGAUAGCGAGGAUCCCGGUUCUCCCGGCUGCAAGGACAAGCUCAGCCCCGUGCUGGUAUUCAUCCACGGCGGCGCCUUCUACAGCGGCACGGCCAACAGCCACAUCUACGGGCCCGACUUCCUGCUGCGCGAGGACGUGGUGCUGGUCACGGUGCAGUACCGUCUGGGAGCGAUCGGUGAGGCUUGAUACGGUGCUGCGUUCUGCACUCCACAAACAAAAAUCAGUGUACACUUUUCCAAAAAAUUGAGAAAAAAUCAUAAAAACUAAGAAGAAUUUAUUUAUCAAAAUAGGAACAAUCUCGGGAACAAUGGAGAAGGA